AAAAAAUUUAUUUAAAAUUUCAAUUGAAUACAGAAAUAAACCAAAUAAGAUAUAAUUGCUUCCGCAAAAUUAGGGUUCGGAUAAAAAGAGAAGAUUGAUCAGCAAAGUGAAGAUUUACAAGUCGUGCCUUCAGUUUGAUGAAAUUGGAGAAAAAUGGCAAGCUAUUCCAAAGGAGCCCCUUCCAAUGGGUCUGUGUAUGUUUGUAACUUGCCUCCUGGGACAGAUGAUAACAUGCUAGCAGAACAUUUCGGCACACUGGGGGUGAUUAAGAAAGACAAACGGACUGGCCGGCCAAAGAUAUGGUUGUACCGAGACAAGGUCACAAAUGAGCCAAAGGGAGAUGCUACAGUUACCUAUGAAGAUCCGUAUGCUGCAUCAGCUGCAGUUGAAUGGUUUAACAACACGGAAUUCCAUGGUGCUACCAUUGGGGUUUUCAUGGCCGAGUCAAAAAAAGAUGACAACUCGUAUAAUGCUGUUAUUCCUGCUGAAGAGCCAAGCUUAGGUGGUGAUUUUGGUGGUCAAGGGGAGAGUGUUAAUGAUGGGAAUGGGAGUGCUGGAAGAGGUAGAGGUCGAGGUGACGGUCCAGCAGCAAAGGCCUGGCAACAAGAUGGAGACUGGAUGUGCCCGAAUACAAGUUGUACCAAUGUAAAUUUUGCAUUUCGUGGUGUGUGCAAUCGUUGUGGAAGUGCUCGUCCUGCUGGUGCAGGAGGUGGUGGUGCAGGAAGUGGUGGGCGGGGCAGGGGGAGGGGGCGUGACUCAGAGUCUGGAGGCCCUGGCCGUGGAGGAGUUGCUGCUCCAACGGGUCUCUUUGGUCCUAACGAUUGGUCUUGCCCCAUGUGUGGCAACAUCAACUGGGCAAAGCGUAACAAAUGCAACAUUUGUAACACUAAUAAACCUGGUACUAACGAGGGUGGUGUUAGAGGAGGCCGUGCUGGAGGUUACAAAGAGCUUGAUGAAGAAGAAAUAGAGGAAACCAGACGGCGUAGGCGGGAAGCUGAAGAAGAUGACGGUGAAAUGUAUGAUGAGUUUGGUAAUCUGAAGAAGAAGUUCCGCGUCAAAAUGCAACAAGCUGAAACUGGUCAGGUGCUCCCUGGUACUGGGCGUGCAGGAUGGGAGGUGGAGGAACUAGGUAUGAGUGACAGAGAUAGAAGAGAAAGAAGCAGAGACAGAGGCAGGGAAAGAGAGGAGAGCAAAUUCAGGGAACGUGCGGAUAGAGAUAGACGCAGGAGCAGAAGUCGUGAGAGGGACAGGGGAAGAGACAGAGACAGGGGCUAUGAUAAUGACAGAGACCGAGAACAUGGCCGUGACCGUGAGCGAGAAAGGGACAGGUACCGCUACUGAAGUAUUGGACUUCUUGGUUCUGCAAACUAUUGAGUUCUUGUAUUCUUGGCCAAUGUAAGCAGAAAGGAUGACAACGUUUGAACUGUGUUAUGAACUUGAUAUCAUUCCUAUUUGUCUGCAGAAGGUUUUCUUUUUAGUGUAGAUUUUUGUUAUCCCGGAGGAACUUUUCUGUUUAAUUGUUUACCAUCAUAUUCUUUCAAGUUCAUGAUUGAAAUGGUUUCACAAACAUUAUGUGGGUACCGAUAUGAUUUUGCCAA